GUGCGUCUCUCUGCUUCCUCCUCUUCUCUGCCGGCGCCUCCCCACCCGAAGCUCCCGACGCCGGCCGCAUGCGUUAGCUGCGGAGAGAAGAAAAGAGGGAGCGCAGCAGAGAAGAAGGAGAGCAGCAGAGAAGAAGGAGAACAGCAGAGAAGAAGGAGAACAGCAGAGAAGAAGGAGAACAGCAGAGAAGAAGGAGAACAGCAGAGAAGAACAGCAAGGAGAGGGGAAGCACAAGAAGCGUAGACGGCAGAAUGGCGACGCACCGGGGAGUCCAAGUUCUCUUCUUUCUGAGGAGGAGAGGACUGCAGCAGAUGCAGAUGCAGAGUCGUCUUUCAGAUGUCUCGUCUGUUCGUUUCGCUCCUUCUGCCGCGUCGCCUUCCAGUUCAACCAGCCGAUCUUUUUUUUCUCCUCUUCCUGUCGCUCACGCAGACCUGCGUCGCUCUUCCCCCUUUUCGCGUCUCACGUCCUUUCGCUUCUUCUCUUCCUCAGCUGCUUUCUCAGCUUCUUCUUCGUGCGGCUCCCCGGCUGCUCUAUCUCGUCUGUCGGCCCCAGCUUUUCCUCUGCGACGCUGUGUCAAGACUCUUUUCUGGUUGGGAGCUCUGUCGGGAGCCAGCCUUUUCGCGUUCUGUCUUGCUUUUCCUGCCGAGGCUCGUCAAGUUCCCCUCCUUCGCUGCGCGCGAGCAGCCUGGUGUGUUGCCUGCAUCUGCGUCGACUACAAGCUAUGCGGAAAUACGGACAUGUCUGGCUCUCACGCGCGAUCGGCACAGAGACUGUUGAAGCUCGCCGAGGCAAACAGAGGCGUCUACAUCAAACUCGGCCAGCAUGCAGCCGCCAUGGUUUACCUCCUCCCUCCCGCGUACACGGAGACUCUCUCUGUUCUCCAGUCCGAGGCUCCGGCUUCUUCGCUCGAAGACGUCUACAGCGUUCUGCAAAAGGACUUGGGGGUGGAGGACCUCGCCGAAGUCUUCGAGGAAUUCGACCCGCAGCCGGUCGGCGCAGCUUCUCUCGCGCAAGUACACUUCGCGCGGCUGCGCGACGGCUCUCCGGUGGCUGUGAAGGUCCAGCACCGGGAGGUCGCAGAGCUCGCGCGCGCAGACGCGCAGGUGGUGAAGAGACUCGAAGAAGUCGCUGAGCGCGUCUUCCCCGAAGUCAAGUUGCGGUGGCUUUCGGAGUUGCUGGAGAAGAACCUCCCGCAAGAAAUUGACUUUCUGCAUGAGGCUGCGAAUGCAGAGAGACUCCGAGCUCUCCUCGACAAACAACAGCCCCUGUCGUUUUCUCUCCCCUCCUCGAGUGCCUACGACGCCGUCGUAGCUCCGAUCCACCUCUUCAGUCUGCUCGCCUCCUUCUGCAGCCGCUGGCGCUCGGCGAGCACAUCUGCUUCUUCUCCUCCCUCUUCUUCUUCUCCCUCUUCUUCUCCGUCUUCUUCUCCCUCGACUUCUCGCUCAUGUUUGCUCACUCCUCUCUCGUCUUCUCUCUCUGCGUCUCCUUCUCCGUCUUCCUCCCGAGACCGAGGCGAUGUCCGCGCUCAGAAUGCGCAGUCACGCUUCCAGGGAAGACGCGCUGCUUCCGGGAUCUCAGAGGCAGAGGCGGACUCUCCGCGCGUCGCUCACACUCAGCAAGAAAGCGCCGUAGACGUCUCGGAUUCCACCGUCCUCUCUCAGGCAGACGGCGAGUGCGAGGAAACGAAGAAAGGGCACGAAGGCGGAAGGAACCAAGACGAGGCAGCCGGCGUUUUUGCAGAGUCUGCCGCUGAGGAAGGGAGACGCAUGCAGUGUUCAGGUUUUCGGAAGAUCGAGGACCGCGUUCAAGAUUAUGAAAUUCAACUGCGAGUGCCGGCAGUCUACCGGCAUCUCUCCACCUCCAGAGUCCUCGUCAUGGAAAGAGCUCCCGGCGUCGCUGUGGAUGAUUUGGAAGGACUCAGAAAACAACGCAUUCAUCCGCUGGCAGUGUCGCAUGCACUCAAUCAUCUGUUUGAGGUUCUUAUUUUUCGAGAGGGCUUUGUGCAUGCUGAUCCUCACCCUGGCAACAUUUUAGUUCACUUGGAGUCCGACCAUGGAGAGGCACACGAGCAGGGGAGACGAGAGAACAGGCACGAGAGAAAAGAGAACAUGCUGUCUUCUCUCUCCUCUUGUUCUCUUUCUUCUUCUCUUUCCAGUUCUUCCUCUUCGUCUUGUUCUCCUUCCUGUUCUUCCUCUUCUCCUUCUCCUCCUUCUUCCGGUUCCUCGUCUUCACUUCCUUGUUCUUCCUCUUCUCUUUCUUGUUCUCCUUCUUCUUCCGGUUCCUCGGCUUCGUCUUCUUCCAGGUCAACUUGGGGUCUGGGAGGUUCGGCGAACUCGGGGAAGAGACGGCGUAAAGCGCUCACGCUCUUUGUGCUGGACAACGGACUUUACUGCGAAUUGAGCAAGGAGUUCCGCGAGCACUACGCGCGGCUCUGGCUGGGAGUCUUGCGAGGCGAUCGCCGCGAGACAGACGUUUGCUGUCGAUUCUUCGGCGUCGAACAGUUGGCGGGGCUUCUGCAAAUUAUGCUCACUCUGCGCUCUGAAGCGAGUCUGAAAGGCGGCAUCUGCCGCUCUCGGAAGUCUGUCGAGGAAGACAAGCAACUUCGCGGCAGUUUUCCGGAGUUUUUCACGCGCAUCACGGAGGUUCUCCAGUCUGUUCCUCGCGAGUUCGUUCUUGUCAUAAAAACAAACGAUCUGUUGAGAGCGAUCCAGAAGAAACUGGGGCUCGAUGAGCGCCUCGCGCUCCUGCCUGUCGCGCACGGUUCGCUGGUCGUCGCCACCGAGUGCAUGCUCGCUAGCAGUUCGAAGAUGUCUUUCUUCAGGAGAUGGUGGAUUCUCCUGCGACUCAAGGUGACACUUUGGGGCCUCUCCCUAGCUGAGAGACUUUUGGCGCGUCGCGCGUUGCACGAACUGCAGGAGACUGACAAGACGAAGAACGGCGAAGCAUCUGAGGGGUCCACGAACUCGGCUCUCGAUGCACUAAGUGGCGUUAUUCUAUCCCUUGUGUAGACCGGCCAGCGAAACCACGGCGCAGAAAGCACACUCGAUGUUUUCGAAACUUUCGUUUUUCUCCGCCUCAGCUCAUGCGUCGAGACCGACGCGUCGACGCUCACAAGCAUAUAGAGAGAUAUCUAAGUAUCGAUUUCUAGUGUCGGCGCGGGUGGAUAUGUGGAUAUGCAUAUCUUCGUCUUCAGGUGCCGGUGUCUAGUCGCUGAAGAAUGCAGCCGUGCUCGGGAUGCAGCCACGUCGCUUGCUGUAACGUUUUCGAAUAGACAUGAACAGAGUGAGACGUCGGAGCGAAGGCGAGGGGGAUUUAGGCGAGAGGGAGAGGUUUCGUUUCCUCUUGGGUUCCGCGCAGCGGUGCAGACAGAUGCUUUAGAACAACGUGACGUGUCGACAGUUGAGAAAUACGUGGAGAAGCAGGACGCGUAGAAUCAAGCAGUUCGCAUGUGUACGUUCACUUCCUCAUGUAAGAACGUCUUUCCUAGUUCCUUGCUUCGUGUGAGGCAGCAUUCGCUGGUGGGGUUUAUGUAGGCUUGCCUGCCCGUGUCUCUCUAUAGCUGGGUCACAUCCCAUGCUCGGUCCGGCAGAAAAACACUUGUUUCUCUUUUCUGGAAACGGAUGUCCCGUCGCUGAAGGCCUUUCCAAAGUUGGAGGGUAUGUCCACAGAAGGUGGCGCUCAACAGGAAAGUGAAACCCUUUGAAAACCUCCCCACUGUGUGCGCUUUGAACACGGAG